AUGUCGAGCGAAAGGACAGGCCCUAGCACGGGCUCGCCAGCGAAGGGCAUAAUACCGGGGAGCACAUUCGAGGGUCACAAUAGCAAAUGGCGGCAGCGACUGCGCAACCCGUGGGCAUGCUCGCCGCGCAUGCUGGUGACGACGCUGGCUGCCUUCGCUGCCCUGUCUCUCAUGGCAUACUCAUUCUUGACAAGGCAACUUGACGUCAAGGGCUGCGAAAUGUCGUAUAUGCGGCCCGCCUACUCGAAAUACCAAGACUUUGACACAGAGUACACGCGCUUUGCAACCAAGUACUCUUUAUAUCUUUACCGAGAGGGUGGUAUAGAUGAGGACUUCAGAGUUAAAGGUGUGCCAGUACUUUUUAUCCCCGGGAAUGCGGGCAGCUACAAGCAAGUGCGGUCCCUCGCAUCUGAAGCAGCAUACCACUACCACAACAACAUUCGGGAACACGUCGAUGCGAGACAAGCAGGAAAGAGACCACUGGACUUCUUUGCAGUCGACUUCAACGAGGAUAUCACUGCAUUUCAUGGGCAGACAUUGCUAGACCAGGCUGAUUAUCUCAACGAUGCCAUCAGAUAUAUCCUAUCUCUAUAUCACACCCCGGGACACGUCCUCCGCGACCCGAAUCUGCCUGACCCCACUUCGGUCAUCAUAGUCGGGCACUCAAUGGGAGGCGUCGUGGCCCGUACCAUGCUCACCAUGCCCAACUACCAAGCCAAUUCCAUCAACACAAUCAUCACUCUCGCGGCGCCACACGCAAGGCCGCCAGUCUCGUUUGACGGCGAUAUUGUCCGCACCUACAAGGGAGUCAAUGACUACUGGCGACACUCGUACGCACAGGAAUUGGCUGUUGACAACCCGCUCUGGCAUGUCACGCUCAUCUCAAUCGCGGGAGGAGGGCUGGACACCAUGAUCUCCUCCGACUAUGCAAGCAUUGAGUCUUUGGUCCCAGAAACUCACGGUUUCACGGUCUUCACCUCUUCGAUGCCAAAUGUGUGGACUGGCAUGGAUCAUCUGGCAAUCACUUGGUGUGAUCAGAAUAGAAAGAGUGUUGUACGCGCGCUUUACGAUGUGAUUGACGUAUCACGCGCUACGCAAACUGUCCCCCGUGCAGAGCGCAUGCGGGGUUUCAAGAAAUGGUUCCUGACCGGCCUUGAGGAUAUCACAGAGAAGACCUUGCCCCAAGUGGAGGCAAAAACGCUGCUCACUUUAGAAGAGGAUAGUGCUAUCGUUUCUCAAGACGAUCGGCUUGUACUCAGAAGUCUAGGAAAGGCUAAGCAAAGGCCGCACGCGUAUCUACUUGCCGUACCACCGCAUGAUGCGCAGGCAAGCAAAUUCACUUUGUUGACGAAUGAGAAAUUGGACUCACCAGGCGAGCAUGGCAUGCUAGAGGUGCUCUUAUGCAGCGUGUUCCCCUCAGCACCUGGGCAAUCGACGACCCUUUUCGCGAUGAAUAUGGAUCUCUCAGCUGAUAGCUCCGGUGCAACAAGGCUGGCUUGCAAAAAUGCCGCGUCCGACGUCAUUGCUCUUCCUGCGUCUACAAGCCAGUCCACGUAUCCUUUCAUCACAGAGCAACAUCCAUUCUCGUAUCUCCAGUACGCGCUUGAAGAUCUUGCAGAGUAUCAGUUUGUAGCUAUUGUUGACAAGGCUGGCGAACAUAGCUCGGGAUGGGUCGUCGCGGAAUUCAGCACCGCUUCCGACUCCCUAGUCAAUAUUGACAUGAGCUUGCAGCGCCUCUUGACAACCGGGCUCUCACUUCACCUUCCCGCUGGGCGCCCUUUGAUGACGGAUAUCAAGGUCUUAGCCUUGCAUUCCAGUCUCCUGGCUUACAACAUCCACAUCACCGAGCAAUCGUGCGCCAAUGGGGAGCUUCAUGCUCCUCUACUGCGGCAGUACGUUACCGAUGUCUAUGAGAGCAAAUUCUUUGUCAAUGUCAAGGAUGCCAGCAUCAACCUCCACGGUGUGUCACCGUAUAUGCCACCGGCUCUGCAUUCCAAGCAGCCAUCGAAUGGCUUGUCUCUACAGAUCUGGUCGGACCCUACCUGCAACAGCAGCGUGGAGCUUACCUUAAAGGUGGAUGUAUUGGGCAGUCUCGGAAAGCUGUGGAUGCGUUAUCGCAUCGUCUUCGCGGCGUUUCCACUCCUUAUUGUCGCCCUAGUCUUACGCCAACAGUUCAGAACUUACGAUGAAGCUGGAGUGUUCAUGAGCUUCGCCCAGGGCCUGAACACGUGCCUCAGCACCUCGCUUCCUCUUUCCUUGGCCGCAUUGACUUGCCUUUCAAUCGCCCUAGCCGGUGCUCGACACCAGUCAGUAAAGCAGUCGCCCCUCAAUGAUUCUCCUAGCAAUGUCACUACAACACUCGAUGAUACCAGCCACGAACUACUGCUCGGUUUAGACGAUACAUUUUUCUGUUUCCUCAUCCCGCUGUUUGGGCUGAUGUGUACCGGCAUAUGCGUUGCAAUCAACUACGUUGCGCUUUUGCUUGAGUACAUCUUUGCGUUUUUAUAUUCCCUGGCCAAGUCGUCUACGCGAGAAAACAAUGAGGCGAAGCGGUUGCCAUCAGCCUUCGCCGUGACAUCGACUCGCCGGCGCAUCGUCACAACCUGUAUUCUGCUGUCCUUGGUCUCGACCGUUAUACCCUAUCAUUUCGCAUACGUGGUUCUUUGUCUUGUCCAACUUGCGACUUGUGUCCGAAGCUUCCAGUUAGCAAAAGAAACACGCCUUGACUCGAACUACAACUUCUACAACUACGCACACUCGAUCCUCAUUCUCAUGCUCUGGAUCCUUCCGAUCAACCUUCCGGUCCUCGUCGUCUGGGUACGCAAUUUGGCUGUUCACUGGCUGACACCGUUCUCAACUCACCAUAACAUCCUGUCGAUCAUGCCAUUCAUCUUCCUGGUCGAGACACUCAGCACCGGCCGCAUGGUUCCUCGCGUGCAGUUGCGCAUGUCGCUGUUCACCAAUGUCCUCCUUUUUUCGAUUGGCGCCUACGCUGCCGUCUACGGCGUUACAUACGCGUAUGUUCUCCAUCAUCUUGCGAACAUACUUUGUGCAUGGCUUGUCGCUGUGCACUUCGAUGUUUCGAAUUUGUCACCGGAGAGGAUCGGCACUCUGCUGGAGCAUGGCAAUUCAGAUAGCGAGCCAAAGAAACGACCAUGA